AUGUAUCCCACUCUUGAAGAUCUUCGGGUAUCCUCUCCUAUCACCUCUGAGCCUGUGAAGCCAAAAGAGCCAUUAGUAAAGCGCUCUGCAUCUCAAGAUUUAGAAUUUUCCUAUCCACAUAAGCGCAUAGGAAUUGGAAUGGAAGCAAAGCCGGAGAGUGAAGUUUGUGACACGUCUACAUCAAAGAUUAUAAAAAAGAAAAAACAGUCCUCAAGCCGCCCCAAGACGGCAAAGAGAACUACUGUUUGUCAACGAUCGAAGCCAAUUGUUUCCAAUCAGAUGGACAGCGUGUCCAUCUCUUCACCAAAAGUUUCAUCGAUUUUGAGUCUUAGUAAUGAAGACGAAAAAAAAGAACUUGAAGGACUGAAGCAAUCCCUCUUUGCGCCUCUUAUAAAUGAUCAAAAUGGUACUUCGCACAAUCCGACUUCAAAAAAUUGGAGUGUGCCCAAAGUUUCUCCCAUCAAAAAAGAAAGUAGCCUGAUGAAUACGUUUUUCAACAUUGGCCCGAAUCACUCACAAGGCCACCAAGGCUGGAAUCAAUUGAGAUUACAAGAACCACUCAACCACGCCAAAGAAGCAAACCCAGCUCAUGUCUCAGAAGAUAUGGAUCUUAUUCAGUUUUCUGAUACCGAAGUCUUUGAAGUGGGAAAUCUAGUGAUCGGCCAGGAUAUCCCAGCUAUCAAUGCAAAGGGAAAUCUUUCACCCUCAAACAAGAAAAGCGGUGUUGAUGUCUUCAAAGAGGAGCAACAGCGAGAAGAGAAAGCUCAUCUUGAAAGUUCACUUGAAGAGAUGGAGCAAAAGGCCAGUAUAAAACUUUUCCAAGAUCUCCAACAACAACAAGCAAAUGCCGGCACCGCUGAACAGCAUUCUUCUAAGCUAGAUGAAGCAAUGCAGAAGAUUUCAAUUCUUGAAACUAAAGUUAAUGAUCUUCAAGUAGACACAAUCGACCUACAACACGAGUUGGACAUUGCUUACGUCUUGAUAAGAGGACAGGCGCGAGCACUGAAGGACAAAAUCACCAAAAUCACGAUGAACAACCCAUCAAACCCUUCACACACCCCGAACAGCGCAGGCACGUUGACCAACAACGAAGCGCCACAAUUGCCGAGGCAUAUCGAGGGCCAAUGUGUACACAAGUGGCCUAGUCCGAAUGAUCCAACUCAAACUGUGUUUUAUCAUCAAGCCAGUUGGUGUGAAUGGUCUCUACGACCGGGAAUGCCGCCAACACCUCCUAAUUUGUCGAACCCGAUGGGCCCUGGAACUAUGACCUUGGGGAUGAUUAGCCCGUCUCCACAACCAAGAAGCAACGGACUGCCGAUGAAUCAUGGUCUUAGGCGUGAAGAUUCAAUGGAUUCAUUGCAGUUCAAUCCGACUCGUAGUAUGAUUGGAGAAUCGACUAAUCAAUCCCGUCCAAGCGCUAAUGCCAACAUCACUCCAAUUAAUCCCAAUCGUCACAUCUUGAAUCCGAACUUCAGUCCGAUCAAUCAAUUGGAUGCGAUAUUGAAUCCUGUCAGAAGUACCCCUCUGGAUGAUAGAUCUCUUGCUUCUUGGGGUUCACAAACUCAUGUUUCCGAAACCUCCAACAACUCAAGCUUUGGAUUAUCCCAAAGGCAUUUGAACAUUUACCAAUCUCAAACGUCCGAUAUGGUUUUACCCAGUCGCGAGAGCUCUGUAGCUCUGUGUUCAGACAACGAGUCCGAUCAAAUGGAUCCUGCACCUGCGGAAUCCGAAGACGCACGUGGUGGUAACAUGCCUUGGGAGCCUCUCAAUGAUGGUGCUAACGAUGGUGAGUGUUAUGUCAUCAAAAAUGUUUCAAUGAUAAUGAUUAAUGGGUGGUUUUCAUACGCAGAACCUUUGGAGCGUGAGAUGUGGCUUAAAUAUGUGGUACAUUCUAAACAAGGCGUGGAUCCGACUAAAGGACCUAAUGUAGCUAAAAACCGAGCUCCAAAAAUUUUUACUCACACUUUCAAAGCGCGCAAGUUUUCAAUCGAUAUCAACAAUGAAUCCUUCUCAGACUUGAAGUCCACUCUAUUUGAGUACUCUGACCAGAUGGGUAAAAAUGCUGCCGGUAACAGCUUCAUCUUCAAAGUGGCCGACUCGACCAACUCGGUUAUCUACUUGGCCUACAUUCAUAGUCACGCAGUGUACAGUAAAGGCCACGAGGCGGAACUCAAAUCAGAUGAAGAUGUGAAGAACUUUUUCCGUGCGCUUGCGACUCAUCCGACACGCACCUCUGGAAUCGAUGUAAUGAUGGUGGAUCCCAACAAGAAGAAGUUGGAGGCUGAAAAGAGUCUAUCCAUUGGCCAACAUCAAUUACUUGCAAAGAACAUCAACAACAAUGUCAACACCACGUUAUCCGAUCUAGCCCAUACCACACCUGAGGACCCGGCCGACAAAGCCCUGGCAGAGUUAAUGUUAAAGUAUAGCACCGCCAACAACAACAAUGCUGAGGGAUGGCGGGUUUAUAAACAUGACGAUGUAACAAAAGUCAUGCCCAUGAAUUUCCAACUCUUAGGAAUAUGGGCCGAAGAAAUGGUUAAGGAUCCAGCGGUAACUGUCGACAUCCCGCCAGACCUUCCAGGUUUCCAAUGGAGUGACCUCAAAAAACCGGUGACCUUACAGACUCUGCUCACUAGCAAUGAACCUGUCGAACCUGUCAUCGAUGGCAUCGAUGACUUCUCACCAAUCAGACCGGGUACCAUCUCCGAAGCCCAAGGCUAUGACAUCGUAGUGGAUCCAUACGAACUCGAGCGCAUUAGGACCCAUGCCACGAUGGAGGACUACAUGGCCUUUGCGGGAGUACGAGUUGGCAAGGUUGACGAAGCCGUUCAAUUACUGUUAGACAACAAUAUAGAGCGUUUUGAUGCUUUUUUGUAUCCCGAAGAGACCGGCUUGAAAGAUAUCAUUGACAUGGGAAUCAAACGCGGAACUGCUAUGAGACUUAUGAAUUCGGCCCGCCGCUUUUAUCGACAUCUCAUUGAAGACGAGAUCAACAACCCAAGAGAACCUUUCAAUUCAAGCAUGUGCUUUUAA